AUGACAGAAAGUCUACGCGAUACCGAUGAUCCUGCACCAAUCGUGCUCGCCCGGCGCAACAUGCAUCCAGACGUCCAUCUUCAAGUCUUUGAUCAACAAUUUCAUGUCCAUUCCAUGGCCUUGAAGAUGCAUUCCGAGUUCUUCCGGUCCUUUUUCGACUCGGCGGAUAAAAACCAACCGGCUUCGGAUCCAGAGUUCAAAUAUAUGUGGGUGACGAAGGUGGAUGAUGACGGAAAUUGGUCUCUGGUGUGGGAACAUGCGAAGGUAUGUUUAAAUUACAUCGAAAUGGUUCUUGCUUCUAUUCUGGCGGGGACAGGCGAAGUGUUUGUCUCGACAUCUCAGAGAGAUUGAGAAAUAUGUUCGCCGAGAUACUUCGCAUAAUGCGUCAAGUUGUUCUAGAAGAUUGGGAUUUUCACUUCAAUAAUCUCAGGGUGACAGGUCAAGGGGGCUACUUCCGCCCACCCUACAUAUAGAAUCGAGACAGCCUACUGUCUGGCACCUUGAACAACUUUGCUGAUAUGCACCUGAACAGAAAGAUCCCCUCGAAUCGAGUGCUACCACAGUAGCUGAUAAACCUCUUUGGAUCAACGCCUUCAAGACAGUACUCUUUGCAAUUCACAGCAAGGGAAUCAUUAUCGAAUCAGCCGCCCAUCUGGCGGUCUGUACCCAGCUUGCAGAUUACUACCGUUGCCUUCCAAUUCUCAGUCAAGCAGUUUCAUCGUCUUUGAUGGAUAGCACAGCUUUUGUAGAGUCAAUCGCAGACGAGUGCUGCAACUUACUGGAAACGGCGGCCAGAUUCAGGAACAAGCUGUUGUUCAAAGAGUGCCUUAUACACUUGACCGGUAAGUCUUUUCUUUUCCACCUAGAGCUAGGGUACAAGUUUCAAUUGGUGUAA